AUGACGAAUCAAGAACCAACAGAUUUAGAUUGGAUACAACUACGAAAAGAUUUGGGUCCUGUCAACCAAGUUGAAACUACAAAGGAAAAAUUUAUACGAAAGUUCGGCGAAAAUCCCUUUGUACCCCUAGGUUGUCUAGCCACAGCGGGGGCUUUAACAUAUGGAUUAUGGUGUUUCCGUACCGGGAGGCCUAAACUAUCACAGAGAAUGAUGCGUCUUAGAAUAGCGGCACAGGGCUUCACCAUCACGGCUUUGGUUGUUGGUGUCGCAAUGACAGCAGGGAAAUCAUUGAAAUAG